AUUGUGCGCUUGGUUACUGAUCUGGGAUCAGAAGUUUGCAUCGUAGAAGCUCUGAGCUGACGUCACUUCACCCCGGUUGCUCGGGUGUCACGGAGGAGAGAGUCUCUUCAAUCUGCUAUCAGAGACCAACACGCACAGUCACUCUACCAGCAGGACUCAAUUACUGACCAUUCAUCUCUUCUUUAAUCGUCUCCAUAACAGCGAAAAAAACUGGGAAGUAAAGUCAACGCUUCUGCCUUUUCGCUUUUCCAAAGGAAUACAAGAAUUUUCUGCAAAAAGAUAUGGAGUCAAGAGAGCGGCUGGCCCCUCCAUCCCCAGCCCUACCCUCUUUUCACAAGGCCUCAUCUUCAACCAACUCCUCCCCUGCCCCAACCCACACACUUCCCACCCAGUACAGUCCAGCUCCUAGUCCUGAAGGCAGCAACCCUCUCACCUUCUGCAGUCUGUCGCUGCAGAUGAAGGGGGAUGAACGUUCAAAUAUAAGUGUCAAUCCUGCUUUUGGACACCAUACAUCAAGUUCAUCCUGCCUUGAGUUUGGGGGCCUCGGAAGUCUGGGUUUGUCCACUUUGGCUGCUCAGCCACAGUUUGGCAUAUUUCCAGAUUGGUGGCGGCCUUCUGAGGCACAUACCACAGGAGCCAGCGCCUUCUUUCCCCCUUUUCUGAGUCUGUAUCCUGCAUUUGUGUCAACAUUCAAUAGCCUCAAUCCUCUAGAUCCACAGUCACACAUCUCAGUUUCUGUAGGUAUGAAUGGAGCAAUAAACGGUGGAAGUACUCUGUCUCCUACUGUGAACUCUACUGUAAACUUCAGCUCAUAUCCAGCAAAAGAAAAUAAAACGGGAGCUCAAAACAAAAGAGAUCAGAAUCAAAAGAACAUCCAAGAGUCAAUGAAACUACACCAGCAGAUCUUUCAGAAAACAAAGAAGCCAACAAAAAUACCACCAGAGACAUCCAGCACAAGCGGCUGCUUGUCGGGGUCAGAAAGCUCCAGUGAUGGUGAAGAGUGCAGCAGUGGUCCUGAUGACAUGGAGGAGGAGGAUAAGGAUGAUCGGAGCAAUGAGAGCGAUGACUCAGAUUCUGAAGAAGAGACUCCAGUUAAAAAGAAAGUCAAACGGUUGACACACAGCACUUCAGAGAGUAAAAAGAGAAGACCUUGUGUUUCUGAUGGAAGCAUUACUCAACUGAAUCAUUGUCGCAGUGUUCCGGUGACUUACUCUUAUCACCUCCAGUCCUCUUCUCAUCUUGCUGGCCCACCUAAAUCCACAGCACCGCUUCCUCAGAGCGCCAGGACUUUAGAGGAAGGAGGCCAGCAGCACAUCAGUGUCAUACAGACCACAGGACUGUCACUCAGAAAUGGUUCCUCAACACGGUCCCACAGAGAGGCCAGCCCUCUGCUCAUGAAGUCCUCAUCUAACUCCAUCUCCGUCCCCAGCUCAUCAAAACACUUAGUUGACCCGACCCCAUCAAAGCAAAAUUUUGCCGCCUCUUCUCACAAACCUCUGGCUCUCUGUUCCACUAAGAAAACCUUUUCAUCAUGUUCCUCAUAUAAAUAUCCACCACUUGGUUCAUCCAGUCAUUUUUCCAUCUCCUCUUUAUCCAAACCAAGAACACCUUUAGCCUCAAAAGAGUCAUUGUAUAACCCCAAAUUUUUUAUGCCUCCUGAAAAGCUCGCACCAUCUGUCAGUAGCAUGAAAGAGAGCUGUGGAAACCUUCCAGGUGAGGGGUCAUCACACCCGAACACUCUGAAACAGAAAUCUGUGAAGCAGACUUCCUCUGCGCGACCUAAGAACCAAAUCUGCAGUGACACAAAAUUGCUCACAAACUUCCACCCUAAAGAAGAUAACUACAGUGCAGUUCAAGAUGCACCUCUGGCCCUCAUCACUAAACCCCGCAGCCAGAGCAGCGCUCCCAACACCAGACCACCCUUGGCAGCUACCAGGCCGUCCUACCUCAUGCCAAUCUACUUGAGCACUGGCACCAAGGAGAUGUCUCGCAGCUCUGAUUCAUCCUUUAAAUCUUCUGCCUCGUCAGGACUUCCUGCCGGAUCAAAGAAGGCCGCCAGAAACUGUGUGUCUGAUUUCCACAGCAGCAAAGACUCAGAGGACUCUUUUGGAGACAAUGACGAUGAUGGCGAUGAUGAAGAUGACAUUGAGGAUGAAGAUUCUGGCAGUAGCCUUUCAGACUCUGACAGCAAUCUUGAGAGCGACUCCAGUGGUUCUGAGGCUGACAUCAAGGAGUGUGUUAAGACACAAGUGGAUAGCGAUGCAGACAGGAUUCCUCUUAAACCAGCUGAAGCAUCUUCUCACAAAUCCUCCUUUAACCGCUCAGCCAACUGCUCAGUGCUUAACUUGCAGGGUUCCAGGCCUCAAGGUCCACUGAGAGGUGGUUUACCGAACCCUAUCACCAGCAUUGGGGCCUUGAAUUACAAUUGCAACCCGUCCCCAUCCUUCACACCAGGAACGAUAGCAGGGUCAGGGAGAAGGAGACGGGUCACAGAUGAGAGAGUUCUGCAAUUGCCUCUUGAGUUUGGGUGGAGGAGAGAGACCCAGGUCAGGACCGUGGCGGGGCGUCUGCAAGGGGAGGUGGCUUACUUUGCUCCAUGUGGGAAGAAGCUGCGUCAGUAUCCUGAUGUAAUGAAGUACUUAGUCAGGAAUGGAAUAACUGAAAUCUCCCGGGACAACUUUAGCUUUAGCACAAAAAUUAAAGUUGGUGACUUCUAUGAGGCCAGAGAAGGACAACAGGGUUUAGAGUGGUGUUUGCUGGCUGAAGAUGAGAUCGCUACCUGCAUCAUCGCGAUGGAUGGGAGGCGUAGCCGACGCCCAAAGUCUGCACACCAGCUGCCAGGUGACAGCUUUGGAGCCAGACAUCCUCAUCCUGUAAAUCUUGGUGAAAAUAAUUUCCAAGAUGUCAACGAUUCCAAGCUGUUGCGUAAACUGGAAGCUCAAGAAAUAGCUCGACAGGCAGCUCAGAUCAAAAUGAUGAGAAAACUUGAGAAGCAGGCCACGGCACAAGCAGCCAAGGAGGCAAGAAGGCAACAAGCAAUAAUUGCUGCUGAGGAGAGGCGUAAAAAGCGAGAAGAGAUGAAGAUCCUUAAACAGCAAGAGAAGAUCAAGCGCAUUCAGCAAAUUCGUAUGGAGAAAGAACUCCGUGCACAGCAAAUUCUUGAGGCAAAAAGAAAGAAAAAAGAAGCAGCAGCCAAUGCAAAAAUACUGGAAGCUGAAAAACGAAACAAGGAGAAAGAGAUGCGUAGACUUCAAGCUGUCAUCCUUAAGCAUCAGGAGUUGGAGAGGCAUAGGCUAGAUAUGGAGAGGGAAAGACGCAAGCAUCACAUGGUACUAAUGAAAGCUGUGGAGGCCCGUAAGAAGGCAGAGGUGAAAGAACGUCUGAGACAAGAAAAGAAAGAUGAGAAAAGGUUAAACAAGGAGAGGAAGCUGGAACUCAGAAGGCUGGAGCUGGAAAAAGCAAAGGAGCUGAAGAAGCCAAAUGAAGACAUGUUUUUAGCAGAUCAUAAGCCUCUUCCAGAGCUGUCUCGUAUCCCUGGUCUGGUCUUACCAGGAAGCACCUUUUCUGACUGCCUGAUGGUGUUGCAGUUUCUACGUAGCUUUGGAAAGGUCCUGAGACUGGAUUUACAUGCAGAAAUAUUCAGCAUAAUUAAGCUUCAGGAGGGGCUGCUUAACAUUGGGGACAGUAUGCACAAAGUGCAGGACCUACUGGUUAGCAUGCUGUCUGCAGCUGUGUGUGACCCUGGUAUACCUGCUGGACACAAGAGCAAAACUAUUUUGGGGGACCACCUUACCAGUGUGGAGAUCAACCGAGACAACAUGUCUGAGAUCCUGCAGAUGUACAUGGAGGGCUUCUCCGACCAGACAGAGGUGGCUGCUCUGGCCACCAGCCUCAAGACAAAGGCUUUUCAGGCCCACAGUCCAUCACAGAAAGCCUCCAUGCUAGCAUUCUUGGUUAAUGAGCUCUGCUGUAGUAAGGCUGUGAUCAGUGAGAUCGACAAAAACAUUGACUGCAUGACCAACCUGCGGAAGGACAAGUGGGUUGUUGAGGGAAAGCUUCGAAAACUGAGGAGCAUCCAUGCUAAGACGACAGGAAAGAGAGACGGCUGUGUAGGAGGAGAGGACAACCUUACCUUUGGACCCCCAGCUGUCAGAAACAAAGGCAAGAGGAAAGAUGGGGACAGCGAAGAAGAAGAGGACGAGGAUGAUGACAGCGAAGAGCAAGGAGAUGAUGAUGAGGAGGAGGAGGAGGAUUCAGGGGGAAAGAAAGGGAAGAAAGCAGAGAUGUGUGAAGAAGAGGAUGAUGGUGCAAACUCAGCCAGCAUCGAGGAGCUGGAGAAACAGAUUGAGAAAGCAUGCAAGUUACAAAGUCAAAUUAGACAGAAGCUGUUUGACUCAUCUCACUCACUGCGCUCUAUGAUGAUUGGUGAGGACAGAUAUAAGAGGCGUUACUGGGUCCUUCCACAGUGUGGUGGCAUCUUUGUUGAAGGCAUGGAGAAUGGUGAAGGCUAUGAGAAUGUGGUGGAGGAGAAAAGACAGACGGCCUCCCGGAUGAUCAGAUUAAAAGAGGAGAAUCAGGAAGAGGCAAGAAAACCAGCGGUGUCUAUCCCAGCCCAAAGCAGAGAUAUUUAUAAAAGAAGACCAGUGUGCCAACAAGACAAUCUCUUCCUCCAGAAACCCAGCUCCUUAUCUAAGCUCAGCAAGCUGCUGGAUGUAGCCAAAAUGGCUCAUGAUUCAGACAUGAGUGCUCAGAAAAUUUAUACUGGUGAAGUUCCUGCCAUGGCGUUUUAUCCCUCUUAUCCUACCUCACAGACAGAUAAAACGGAUGCUUCAAUAUCAUCUCUGCUCAGUGCUGCCCAGCUCAAGCACAGUCUCUGGAUGACCCACAGCCCUAAAUCCAUCCUUCAUUAUGACCAGCUGUCCAAGAUAUUGACUGAAAACAGCAGCGAGUGGUUUAGCCUCCUGCCCCGCUCUCCUUGCGAUGGGUCCUCUGUGACCUCUGGCUCCAGUCCUCCAGCUUCCUCCUCCUCGCCACAACCCAUCAGAACCAAAUCUCCUUCCUUCCUCUUCUCUAAUCCCACUGCAACAGAAAUCUACAACACCACAACUGGGAUCAAUAGCAGCCAAUCACACAUCCCUAAGCAAGUAAAGUCUGGCAUUCAUCAGAGCAGACUGACACUGUCUGACGUGUUCAGCUCGGGAACAAGUCCCAGCCUGCCCAUCUCUGGCACUUCUCUACCCUCCCAGCAUGCGGAGGGUAAUGGAAACAAGGUCCACUGUCUGGCAGAUACUAACUCUGUCAACAAGAGUGAGACUCCAGAGCCCCAGAGUGACAAGUCCUCUUGUGCCUCUUUCCCUGCUGUGGAGUCAGCCAAGACCCAGGACUAUCCCUGUCCUCAACCUAUUCCUGAGGAGAUGCUGCAUGGCUGGUGGAGAGUGUCAGACAUGGAGAACCUGCACAGUCUGGUUAAGACCCUCCAUAGUCGGGGCAUCAGAGAGAGGGCCUUGCAGAAACAGAUUCAGAAACAUUUGGAGCAUGCAACCCAACUCUGUGCCAACAGUAAAGAUGAAUUUGAUGUGACAGAAUUGGAAAAGCUGGAGGUUAGCAGGGAGACGUUAGAGACCUGGUGUGUUGAGCAACAAGCCAUGGAGGUGGACAUAGGUCUCCUGCAGCAGGUCGAAGCUCUGGAGAGAAAAGUCGUUUCUGCCAGCCUGCAAGUCAAGGGUUGGAUGCCCCCUGAGCCUCAAUCAGACAGUAAGAAUCUAGUCUAUCAUGAGCACAAGCUCUCUUCUUUGUUGACUUUGGAGAACAAAGGUCAGAAAGAAACCAGCCAGGAGGAAUUUCAGGGCUCUGUGGUUCGGCGGCCCAACAAUCCUCUUGAUAUCGCAGUCAGCAGGCUGUUAGAGCUGGAGAGGAACAUUGAGCAAAGCAAUGAGGAGGGCGUGGCACCUCGGAUGAGACUGUGGCAUAAAGCCCUCAGUCAAGUCCGGAGCUCAGCUCAGCUCUCGCUCUGCAUUCAGCAGCUUCAGAAAUCCAUCGCAUGGGAGCGAGCCAUCAUGAGAGUGCACUGCCAACUCUGCCAAAAGGGAGAUAAUGAGGAGCUGCUUUUGCUUUGUGAUGGCUGUGACAAAGGCUGCCACACUUACUGCCAUAACCCCAAGAUCACCACAGUACCUGAUGGAGACUGGUUUUGUCAUUCUUGUGCAGCUAAGGAAAGUAAUCAAACCCCUCACAGCCGGAAACAACAGAGCCGAACAGCUGCAGGAGGAAAGAAAUGUGAGGUAAAACGUGACAGUAAGCCAUCUGUAGUGGGAGAGUUCAUCAGUGAGGAGAAUGCCAGCAGCAACAACAUGUCCAGGAAAAAUACAAAGGAGAUCAAAAAGAGGAAAGGAGACUAUUGCUCCCAGGCAAGGAAUGACAGCCCUGUUUCCUCUGCGAAAAAAGCCAAGACAUCCAGGGAUGGCAACAAUGCGUUGGCAAUGUGCCGAAUGCUGCUGGCUGAGCUGGAGGCCCAUCAGGAUGCAUGGCCCUUUCUCACACCGGUCAACCUCAAAACUGUCCCUGGAUAUAGAAAAGUCAUCAAAAAGCCCAUGGACUUCUCCACCAUCAAAGAAAAGCUCAUCAACAACCUGUACUUAAAUCUGGAAACGUUCAUCAUUGACGUAAACCUGGUUUUUGAUAACUGUGAGAAGUUUAAUGAAGAUGAUUCUGAAAUUGGACGAGCUGGACACAACAUGAGGAGAUUCUUUGACCAACGAUGGAGUGAACUGCUGCAAUGAAGCAAAGAAAAUCCAGAGUGGAAACUACUAUCAACAUCUUAGACUCAUUUAAUCCUCUUCACACUCUUUUCUUCAUCCAUUUUGACCCCAAGUCAGUUCACAGAUCAAAUAAAACUGGUGUGAAGCAUAAAGGAGACUCCUGGUCUAUUUGCCAGGGGAGAAAACACAUCUUAAUGUCUUAAAGUGCAAUACUAAUUUUAUUUAUUUAAAAGGCACAUACUCUGCAUCUCAUUGUUAUAUUUGGAAAUCUGUGAUUUCCACUGUGGAUACAUAAUUAAUUUGUAAUAGGUACUACAUUAUAGCUUUUUUUGUGUAUUUAUUUAUUUUUGCAAGUAUUUAUCUGUGUUUUUUCUUUAAAAAGAAGGGGGGGGGGGGGGGGUGAUACAAAGCAGAAUAAAGAACAAUCUGAAUAUUUUAUGUACUAUUAAGGAAGCAAGGAAUUAUUUACAGCUUAAUGAGUCAAGGCUUCCAGCAGGACUAUUUCUCUCCAUUGCAAUUUCAUGUGUAAAAAAAAAGGGGGGGCGGAUCACUGAAACGUGUAAUUUCACUAUAAAGUCUUCAUCUUUACAUGUAUAGUGUGAACUCAGAGCACAGCUUUGAUGAAUACUGUCACUGUAUAAGGAUGAUUGUAGCACUUAAUAUGUCAAAAUAUUCUCUUCGGUAUUGCAGUGCCUCAUCUCUGACUUCUGCAAUGUGUGUACUCUAUGUGUCCUGAGUAUACUGUACGAGACAUUUACACAGUCCUUCCCUCUGACCUGAGGUGGUGCAUAUGGCGGUGUGAUUGAUCUCCAGGCAUUAACUUGUGUUUCUGUGAACAGAUAUAAGAUCUGCCCACCUGGGAGUUGGAUAUGAUCCACAAGCGGCACUAAAGUCAGAAGACUUGAAGUAACUUUAAUUUAUUGUUGAUACUGUAGAAAGUAGUUACUUUUGUAGGAACAUUUUUAAAAACUAUGUCGGAAUAGAAUAAACCUGAUUUUAAAUGUA